AUGCCACAAACUUUUUUCCUAGAUAAAUACAAAAAUGUUGUCCAUUACUAUAAACAUGGACUUCCUGCAGAGUUAUCCGAAGAACUUUCGUCAAGAUGUGAAAAGUGUCUUGACCUUCUAAAAUUGACUAAUGCCCACAGAAAACUUAUUCAACCUUUUAGUGUAUAUGGCUAUGAUCUAUUUCAUGCUGGCAGUACAAGUUCAAAGUUUGGUGUCGCUAUUGGAGUUCCAGUUAAUUUUGCAUACAAGACACUAGAUGAUUUUGAAAAAGACAAUGUUCAGGUUAACCAAAAAAAAGUAAAUUUGGAAACUGAAGUCGGGCAAAAACUAGCUGAAGCUCUUAUUUUACCAGAAAAGAGUAUAUUGAAAGUGGUG